AUGAAUGAAUCAGAAAGGAAAGCCUUACAAACCUGUCAUUGUGAUCUAGUGGAGAUCAUUGAACCUCUGGAACUGAGAUCGUUCUUGUAUUCGAAAGGAGUUCUUCCCUGUCCUACCUUCCUGGGUCGUGAUCCGGUUAGAACAAGAAGGACGGAGAAGUUUCUGGAAUACAUAGUUGAUCAUUGUUCAUUUUCACUGUUUCUUGAAGCGUUGUUAAUAGACAAUGCAUAUGAUUUUCUCGUAGAAAAAUUACAGAGAGAGUUGGAAAAUAUCUCAAAGGAUAAACUCAAAAGUGUUCAGUUUGAAAUAAAAGAGGCAUUAUUCACACCAGAGCGUGCGAAAGCAAUAUUGUUCCGACAUGAACUAAAAAGAUAUUCUCUGACCGGAAAUUCAGAGGCAUUCCUUCAGAGGAGUAAAGCAAUAACCGACAGAUGGAAUGCCGUCCCGAAAACCGAAAUAUUUCUGGACAAUCAUCAAGAGCUCGCGGACAUGUACUUCAUGGUCCUGGACGCAACCAUGGAAAGAAGACGAAUCUUGUACGACAAGACCCUGUAUAAAGAUGAUAAACUGUUUGAUACAAUGCAGAAGAUGUCCCUGUACACCUCCUCUGCUACCCUGCCUGUAGCUAUGUAUCUGGCACGUUACGGUUCCGCCCUUCUAAUGGCAGGGAGGCCGGUGGAGGAAGCACUGAGUUACGUGGAACAAGCAAAACAGCGACUGCAAACACUUCCUGCCUGUAGAGAGUCUGGCGUUGUUUUGUAUAUUGAAUAUAACAUGUUAAUUUCACAAAAAUACGAGAAAGAUCCAACACUGAAAAUGAAAAAACGAUUGUUAGAAAUUGGUAAGGAGUCCAUUGACCAUUUUUGUCGAGAACAGGAAAUGGUCGGAAAGGAUUUCCGUAGAAUGGUGUUGAUUAAACAAGCACAUUUACACCUGGGAAUAGGACUUUUCUAUAACAACUUGGACAGUGUUGAUAUCACAGCUGAGGACAAAAAUCAAGCUGAAACCAUUUUAAAGGAAAUCAGAAAGGAGGAGAAUAUGCAAAGAAUGGAAAAUCGCUGGCACGUGGCAUUUCAUGUAGCCAAUAGCAAACUACUGCAUCUCGAAGGAAAACCCAAUGAAGCAUUGACCGAAAUGCAAAACGCAGAGAAACAUGCAAGGGAGGGAAAAUUCAACAAAGAACUUAGCAAUAUAGAGGAUUGCGUGACUUUCCUCAGUGGCAAACGGAAAUGGAAUGCCAAACAUGUGAUGCUCAUUCUGGCUUUGGUCAGUCUACUACUUGCAGUGAUGUUGCAGGUCAAGGUCAUGUUUGAUGAAUCAUGAAGGACGAUCUGUUUUGUUCAAUUAAAAUAAUUGAAUGGGAUUGUUGAAAUAGAAAGAGCCAUUUUCUCAAUUCAUUACUAUGGACACGCUAGAGAAUGUUGUGGUGAGCAAGAUGAAAGGAAGGAAAAAAUGACAACAUUGGGUUCAAACUUCCAUGAUUACUCUAGUGUCACAGGAGGCGUGGGCCAUUGAGAACCGGGAAACAACGGGCAUCUUAAUGGGUAAAUACAGAACAAUGGCGUCAUUAUUUCAUCGUCACCUCUCGUCACCUCUCGUCACAUCUUGUCACCUCUCGUUACAUCUCGUCACCUCCCGUCACAUCUCGUCAC